AUGAUGCUUAAUUUACCACGAAGUUAUGCCAAACUUUGGGCCAUUUUUGUUUGGGGACUGGGAAUAAUCAGUUUGGCAAACCCUAUUACAAAACCCAAAGUCGGAUCUCGAAGCCAAACAUCAUAUACACCAGUAGCUUUUGGUCUUGGAACGGCGCCAGUUAUUGAUAGCCUCCAACCUUAUUCGGGAACAUCAGUGACACUAGACUCUUCAACCCCAGUAUUAACUCUCGAUUAUGCAGCAGACGUUGCAGGUUUUCCGUACUUUGAAGUCACCUCCCUCACAGGAUCAGCAACGCAGAUCGAACUCAAGUAUUCGGAACAGUUCAAUGGAUUGAACCUGGACAGUGGAGAUGGGCCUUGGCUCUACACCAAUGGGCUAUCGAAUUCUUUUCGAACCGAGACAUUUAAUAUCACCAUACCAGGCACGACGGAAUCUUUCUUUAUUCAAGGUGCGCAGCGCUGGCAAACCGUGGAGCUACUUUCAAAUACAUCCAUUACCAUUUCCAAUAUUGGUUUCCGAGCCUCGGUCGAGAUCAACCCUCCUGAUACCCUCGUUGGAGGUUUCUGUGCCUCUAACGAUGUCUAUGACGGGCUAUGGAGCCUUGGAGCACGUGCUGUACAGGCCUCUUGUGUCGAGGCCGACUCGCAACCCUCAACGUGGGAGAUUUCCGGAGACGGUGCGCUCAUCAGAGGACAGUAUCCCGGUACCUCAGCCCUGGGUAUGAAGUAUGGGGAUUAUACCAUGUCGUUUUCUACAAAGAUAACCAGAGGCGGAACUGGCUGGAGAGUUGCUGCGGGCCCUAAUGCCGGAUACGGAGCGUACUUCGUGCUGACUAGCAAUGGACCUCAGUAUCUGAGCACAGACAACGCUACAGUUCCAUCAGAUAGCUUGAUUGCUACCUACGGAUUCAGUAUUGUCAAUUUCUACCUUUCGUCUGCUCCGCCUCUAUAUUACGCAAAUCCAUUUCCUAUUUUAGACGAUGAGUGGUAUCGAGUUAGCACUACUAUCACCCCAUCAGGAUAUAACAUUUCGGUCAAUGACACCCAAUUUGCUCUUGUUCCAUAUACAACAUUCCUACCAUAUGUCAACGCUGGUUUCGGGGGAUCAGAGCUCAUCACAACUGGUUCAUGGGGUUUUGGUCCCUUUCAGGACCAGGUUGCAUAUGUCAAGGACGUGGAAGUCAUUGGGCAGAAUGGUACUAUGCUAUACACCAACUCAUUCACGUCAACAGAUAUCCUAGCGGAAUAUCUAGUUGCUUCGAACGCUUACGCUGUGUGCUUGGAUGGCGCAAAGAGAGAUCGAGAAGUUUGGAUUGGAGAUUUCGCGCAUACCGCCAAAGAGCUCGCAGUUAGCACAGGUCGAUAUGAUUUCAUCGAGAGCAUGAUCGAGUUUACAUUCGCUGGCCAAUUUACCUCAGGACCAGCUGCAGGCAUAGUCCCCAUGCAAGAUUCUAUGGGUUCUGCGCCUGAGUACCAAUCAGUCUACUAUCCAUCUCAAUACGGUGAGACAGACUACGAACUCUUUUUUCUCCUCACGCUUGGUGAUUACUAUACUCUUACAUCCAACGCUUCUUUCCUUUCCAAGUAUUGGAAUGGAACAAAGCUGCUCGUUGAUGCCAUGCUCACAUACAUCGAUCCCUCCACCGGCCUACUCGCCAACCCAUCCGCAUCCUGGUUCACAGCCCAAGGCCAGCAAAACGCCACCGCACCAACCGCCCUCUUCGCAACCAGCCUGCAGCAACUCGCCAUCGUAGCCAGCGCGCUCCAAGACCUCACAACAGCCGCCCACUACACAGCACUAUCCGCUAAUCUCAGCACGGCCAUCAACACCCAGCUAUGGAACCCAACGCUCGGCGCCUACUCCACGGCCCUCGCCAACGGCGUGCGCGAGGGCUAUACGUCGGUGCUGGCAGCUGCCUUCACCAUCCGUGCCGGGAUCGCUAAUAGCAGCCAAGCCACGAGCGCCGUGCAAGCCCUCGACGCGCUGUUCUACCUCAUCGGGUAUAAAGACUCAAGCGCCGUUGGCAACAGCGCCACAACGCAGCUAUCGCCCAACGUGCAAGGGUUCCUGCUCGAAUCGCUGUUCCUCGCAUACACGCAGCUGAACGUCACAGCCGAGGUUGUGGUGCCGGUGUUGCACAAUCUGCUGGAUGUGUAUUGGCCGCAGAUGCUGAACCAGAAUGAGUAUUUUACGGGCGCGAGCUGGGAAUAUUUUGUGUCAUCCGUGGGGAGCGCGCCGACGUAUGUUUUGACAAAUUAUAUCCUGGGUGUGAGGAGGGAGUUGGAUGGUGAUACGGGGGAGUAUGGGUGGGUGUUUGAUCCGGUGCUGGAAAUUGCAGAGGGUUUGGGGUUGACUUGGGUUUAUGGCAAUGUACCACUAUAUGGCGGGGGGUGGAUUGAGGCGAGUUGGGCAAUUGAAAAUGGGACUGUAACCUCGAGUAUGGACGUGAACGAUGCAGAGGGGGUGAAGGUGGAUGUUAGAAUUCCAAGUCACUUAUAA